CCAUCAGAUUUGGCCGACCUUUUGAUGUGUAGUCAUUUGGAUGGGCCGAGCCUGGAGGCCUCCAUGCUGAACACUCCAUGUUCAGCAUGGAGUGAGGAUACAUAUGUAUAUGUACACUAGUACGCAUGAGCGCCACAGUCAACUGUUCUUUCUAGCUAUUGUGCUCUCAAGAAGGAGAUCUGAAGAAUGCGUCUGUGUGUUGGGUUGUGUCCGGCUCUCACUGAGGAUGUAUUGUCCAAGUUACACAAGGCUGGGAUCAGGAACAUCCUGUCCUUCAUGCUGAAAGAUCCAGAAUUGCUGGCGAUGGAGAUAUCCGUGAGUUACAAGGACUUGCAGAGCAUUCGUCGUAUAAUUCAUGCUCAUUAUGCUGCUUUUGCUGUUUCUGGUGAUGACAUGCUGAAUGAAGCUGUUCAAAGAGCUGUUGUUAUAUCCACCGGCAACACAAAUCUGGACACCCUAUUAGGUGGAGGCCUGAUGACUGGCGAGGUGAUGGAGGUGUGUGGAGGCUGGGGUGCCGGCAAAACCUCCCUGUGCGUGAGCCUCGCCGUUCAUGCAGCUCUCAGGUUGAAGAUGAAUGUGCUUUAUAUUGAUCCUUUGGGCAGCAUUAAUUCUUUAAGGCUCGCCCCUGUGAUAGAAGCGUUCUCUGAGAAACUGGAGAUAGUGGAACACGCUCUUGCCUGUAUAAAGACAGUGGCACCUGCUGACAUAUGGGGUGUAUUUCAAGCAUUGGAAUUAGCCCGGCAGCCAUACCUGGCAGUGAGGAAAAAGGAUGCAGACUGUGGUGGCGGCGACGAGACUAGCUCGAUAGUAACCACAGUGGGGAAAAUACAGUUAGUCAUAGUGGACUCCUUGCCAUCCGUUCUUACACCUUUCCUGGGAGGACAACAGAAACAGGGUUGGGGUAUAAUAAAUCAGUUGGCCGCAGCUUUGAAGAGCCUUGCCUCUGAACAGCAGUUAGCAAUAGUGGUUGUCAACAGUGUUGUGCAUACAAACUAUAACAACAAUGUGAAGAACCAAGGGUAUAAUUUGCAGACUAACUGGAAACCAGCUCUUGGAAGAUUCUGGGAUCAUGUACCCCAUGUUCGCCUGUUUGUUGAGACUGAAACCCGCUCUUCCGCUCCACAGAAUUUGGAGAACUGUUCUUUGUCUCCGUCCGAAAUGAAUGUGUCUAUUUUAAAAAGCACUAGAUUAAAAAUUCGUAAGACUAAAAUUUCAAUAUUUCCUGCAUUGUAAUUUUGUAAAAAAAAGGCAAACUUUUC